AUGAUAAAAGAGAAAACUACAUUUUUUAUUUGUUUUAUAGGAUUGGCAUUGGCCAAUAAUCAACAACAACAACAACAACAAUCAUUGACAUUACCCUCAUCAUCAUCAUCAUCAUCAUCAUCAUCAAUAGGAGAAAUUAUUCGUCAAACAAUCAAUCAAUUGGAUUCGAAUCUAACUGAAUUUUAUAAAGAUUCUUUACAAAAAUUUAAAUUUGGUGAUCAAAACACAACAACGUCAGAAAUGUCAACAACAACAAAUCCAUCAUUGAAUAUAAGUGCAUUAUUACAUUUAAAAAUGCCUGAUCCAUGGAAUAUUGAAACAAUAAAACCAAAAAUUGUAUUCUAUAAACGUGGUCAACCAGAAUUUGAAGUUGAUCAUUUCGCUGAUCCAAAACAAACAGCACAACAAUUAAAUAAAUUAGGUUUCUUACAAACCAACCGACUGAUAUUGAUAACACAUGGUUUUCAUAAUAAUUUCAAUACUGAUUGGUUACAUAAUUAUAAAGAAAAAAUAUUCAAUAUUAGUGAACAAUUUAAAUUACAACAAACAGUUGCUAUUUUGGGUUGGGGUGGUGGUGCUGAUAUACUUGUUUUUCGUUAUAGACAAGCAGCAUCAAAUGUAUUAACUGUUGGUCAAUGGUUAUCUAAAUAUAUUGUAACGAUAAAACAAAUUCAACCAAAUACAACAAUCUAUGGUAUUGGUCAUAGUUUAGGUGCACAUGUUAUGGGUAUUGCUGGUCGUUUAUCACAUGGUUUUGAUCGAAUUUCAGGUUUGGAUCCAGCUGGACCAUGUUUUGAAAAAGUUGAAAAUUCACAAACACUUCGUGCAUCGGAUGCAAGAUUGGUUGAUGUUAUACAUACGGAUGGUUAUGAUUCAAAAUUAGAUCCAUCUGAAUGGUUUUUUCCCGUUAAUCAUUAUGGUAGUCUUGUACCGAUUGGUACAUUAGAUUUUUAUCCAAAUUAUGGUUAUCAUCAACCUGGUGCUGGUGCAUUUACUGUUGCUGGUAGUCAUUUACGUUCAUUAGAAUUAUUUGAAUGGUCAAUUACAAAUCCGAAUAAAUUUCUAACGAAACAAGUGUUAAUUUCUACACCGGAUUUUGAUGAUCCAGUUGAUGAAAAUGAACCAACCAAAUAUUUAGCCGAAAUGGGUUAUUAUGCUGAUCAAUGGAAAUUACCACCAUUACAUGCUAGUACAUUAUAUUAUUUACAAACAAAUAAAGAACAACCAUGGGUUUGAAAAUGAAAAAAAAAUCAAAGAUUUAUUUUCCAU